CAAGGUGUUCAUCUGUGUUUUAUGUAGUUAUAAUGUAGGUUACUGUCAAUCGUCUGCUUUGGUGACUUAAAGCACCUUUAUCGUUUACAGUUUGUAAGAUAAAAGGCUAAUCUACUGGCAUGAAUCCAUAUGGAAAUCUAAUGUAUAUUCGCCUUGUCUGUGACUUUGCUGUGGUAUGUACCUAUCGAUCCACAGUAUGUAGCCUAGUCUGUUUAAAUCUGGUGACGGCACACUUUGAAAUCCAUUCUAACAAUAAUAAUAAUACUAAUAAUAAUAAUCAUAAAUGGAUAUAGAAGGCAUUUCCAUGUUUGUCUUUUUAUUAGCGCACUUGCACAAAUAGUACCUCCUCAGUCCCCCGCUCUCCCUCUGCGUGCCCUUCAACUUUUGACAUCCAAAUCUACCUGGAUUAUAAGAGCUAAGAUCAAAUACCAAGCUCGGGUGAAAAGGCAAGAGUCUCCCGGUCCCGAUUUCGCUCCUCCAGGAUCAUUUACAAGGAGAAGUCCUGAGGAUUGGAAUAGCCCCCCUACAGCAGCGCUGUAAAUAGAUCAUAUCGGACACUAAUUUGAUUUAGAGAUUCCUGCGUCUGGACCUUGAUUCAGAGAAAACAAAAGACAAUGAGUAUGAAAGAUAAACAUUUCUGUGGAAGAUUUUGAUCCCAUCCCCGUUGUCUCAGUGAAGGACGUCCUCAAGCUUUAUGGGAGAUUUAUUGAUGAUUUUGUCGAUGAUUUUCACGUUCAAUCUCGGAGCAAAUGAAAGGGUGGGACAACGCCAUUGACUGUGACAGGCAGUGUGCAGCAUGAUUUAUCUCUGUUUGUCUAGUUUUAUCUUCAACAAUCUAUCUCGACUAAACAUUGUUUAAACCACAGUCCUUGCUGUUACAGUGGAGCUAAUGCAGGGUUUGCGAGAUUGGAUAAUUGUGUUUCGCGAGUUGUGUUUUUAUAUUUAACGAGGGCUAAAGGGAUACAAGCGAUUUCCAUCUGUAAAGGGUUAUCGCUGACUAAAAGUGCUUUGAAAUCAAGCACUCGUGCAUACUGAAUUAUGUGUGAAAUCUAUUUCGUGUAAGCUUCAUGGUCUGUUAAUUAAACGUUGUUGUGUUUUUUUCUUCUAAUUGAGCAAACCUCCUGAGCCUGAGAUUUAAAAACUAGAUUUUGCCCCUGGCACACCCCCCGAGAUAAUUAACCAACCAUCACAGCCUACCUUACCUUGGGCUGCAAGUCUAUCUGCUGCUGCACUAUAAUAAUAGAUGGGAAGUGAAACAUGUUAGGGAGUAAGCCAAUGGAGGCUUAUUGAAGCUGUCAAAGAUCACCUCGUCUCUCUGUAGCCCUUUUUUCUGGGAUGGGACUGCACUUACUAAUCAAGUGAGCCACAAUGUUGACGAGGCUUUUCAGUGACCCCUCACUACUCCCCGAUGUGCAGAAAUACUCCGGCUGGGCGGAGGACAGCGAUGGCGAGAGUUCCAAGGUCAAAGAUGAGGACCAGGACACCCAGGACGACAUGGAGGGAUCUGAACUGAUAGGAGAUAGCCGGACGCAGUCCGAGCACGGCGGGGACGAUGACGAAGACGACGGGGUAGAGGAAGAGGAUGAUGGAGAGGAUACAGAGGGGGACAGGCCCAAGAAAAGGGGCCCCAAGAAGCGCAAAAUGACCCAAGCCCGGAUCGAGCGCUCCAGGAUGCGGCGGGUAAAGGCCAACGCACGGGAGCGGACCCGCAUGCACGACCUGAACUCUGCGCUCGACAAUCUGCGUAAAGUGGUUCCAUGCUACUCCAAAACGCAAAAACUGUCCAAAAUCGAGACGCUGCGGUUGGCCAAAAACUAUAUCUGGGCCCUGUCGGAGAUACUGCGCUCUGGAAAAAGGCCAGACCUUGUGGCCUACGUCCAGACGCUGUGCAAGGGACUCUCCCAACCCACGACCAACCUGGUGGCGGGGUGCCUGCAGCUAAAUUCCCGUAACUUCCUAACCGAGCAGCAGUGUCAGGAUGGGGGGAGGUACGCGUCCGGCUCCUUCUCCAUGCAUUCCUACCCCUACCAGUGUGCGCGUCUCUCAAGCCCCCACUGCCAGCCGGGUUCGAACUCGCAUCCGCUGAGGACGCACGGCUACUGCUCGACUUACGACUCUCUGUACGGUGGGAGCGGGUCCCCUGAGUAUAACAGCCCCGAGUACGAGGGGCCCCUCAGCCCGCCCCUGUGCGUCAAUGGCAACUUUUCCCUGAAGCACCAAGGCUCUGCCUCCCCCGAAAACGAGAAGGGAUACCACUACUCUAUGCAUUACUCCGGCCUGCCUGGCUCAAGACCCACCGGGGCCCACAACCUGGUGUUUGGCUCCUCGGGGUCCCGGAGCGGCAUUCACUCUGAAAACGUCCUGCCUUACCACGACAUGCACUUACACCACGAACGGGCCCCCGUGUAUGAUGAACUGAACGCGUUUUUUCACAAUUAAAAUGAGAAACCUAUCGUGCGUCCCC